UAGACCCUUAUUUUUUAGCUGUACAUUUAUUUUAAUCAAUUCCCUGUUGCGCUGAAGUAGAUGAGCCGAAAAGCCACUGCAUCUGCGAUUCAACUAAUUGCAAGAGGAGUUUUGGUUAACUCUUGGCGCAAAUCCAAUGCUUUUCCUCCUUCAAUCACAAUUUGCUGUUCACAUUUCCAUAAUAUCGCGCCGAAACCCGCAAUAGAUUUCAGCCGUGUUAAUAAACUAGAUGAUGCGCUUUGCCUGUUUCAAGAAAUGGUUAGGAUGCGGCCGCAGCCAUCUGUCCGGGUAUACAACAAGUUGUUGUCAGUUAUUGCUAAGAUGAAGCACUACUCCAUUGCCCUCAACGUGUUCGACGAAAUGCGUCAAAGGGGUGCCCCUGUAAACGAGUUCACGAUGAACAUCUUGAUUGAUUGCUGCUGCCUUUCGAAUCGGACGGACUUAGGGUUUGUUGUAUUGGGCAGCUUUUACAAGCGCGGCUACGAGCCUGAUGCUGCGACAUUCAGCACUCUGAUAAAAGGGCUGUUUUUGGAUCACAAGGUUGCUGAGGCAGAGAAGCUCUUCAAAGAGAUUCUGCUUUUGAAAUUUUGUGAGCCUAGUGAUGUCAUGAUUCUCACUGUGAUAAACGGGCUUUGUAAAGCUGGACUUGCUGCUACUGCGCGUGAAUUGCUUCACAGAUUGGCGAGAACGAGGUGGAGACCCGAUGUUAAGGCGUAUAAUGCCACAAUUGACGCGUUAUGCAAAAGGGGAAUGUUGGAUGAUGCUUUCGAGAUCCUAUCUGCGAUGAUUCAACGAGAUAUUUCUCCCAUUGUUUCAACGUAUAAUCCGUUGAUUCAGGGCUUGUGUGAUGCUAGCAGAUGGGAAGAGGUUAAAGACUUGGUGAAUAAAAUGGUAAUCUCUGGAAUCCCUCUAAAUGUGGUCACUUGCACUAUAGUUGUGGAUGCGUUUUGCAAGGAGGGAAAUUUGGAAGAUGCUGAGGAUCUUAUUGAAAUUAUGAUAGGACAAGAUAUUCGUCUAGAUGUUGUUGCGUGCAAUGCACUUAUAGAUGGAUAUUGUUUGCAAGGGAAAAUGAAGAAAGCAGAGGAAGUGUUUGAUUCUAUUGCACGUAGAGGCCUUAAGCCUUCUAUCAUUACCUAUAACAGCUUGAUCAAUGGAUACUGCAAGAAAGGGAAAAUAAGUAAAGCUUGGGGUCUUUUUCAUGAGAUUCCUCGGCAAGGUUUGAAGUAUACGGCAGCUACCUACAACACCAUGAUAGACGGAUUGUUUGGUGAACGUAAAUUUGGGGAUGGCUGGAAGCUUUUCAAUGACAUGGAAGUUCAACAAGUAGCUCCAAAUUUAACUACCUACAGUAUAUUGUUGGACCAUUUUUGUAGGAUGCGGCAAAUUGGUGAAGCAUUCUCACUUCUCCAUACAAUGAAGGAAAAGAGUUUAACUCCGGACGUAAUUACAUAUGGUACUCUAAUUCAUGGAUUAUGCAGAGCCGGAAAACUGGACUCCGCUCUGGAUGUUUUUAAUCAACUUCCUUCCAGAGGUUUGAAACCCAAUGUUCAAAUAUAUAACAUGAUCCUUGGCUCGCUCUGUCAAGAAGGAUUUGUGGAGGAUGCUAAAUCUUUGCUUAUUGAGAUGGAGAGAAGUUGUUGUGCACGAAACAGUGUGACAUACAAUGUUAUCAUCCAGGGGUUGCUAAAGAAAAAUGAUGUCUUUAAUGCAAUUCCAUUCUUGGAAGAAAUGUGUGAAAAAGAAUUCUCUGCAGAUACUGGGACUAUGUCCAUGUUACUCGAUCAAGUAGAAGGGAAAAAUGAAGAUAAUAUUCUUUUUGAAAUGAUUAAGAAAGUUGUGCCUAAAGGACUCCGUGAAGGAUGAUAUGGUUCCUGCUCAUUUGUAAUGUGAGAUAGCGGGAUUGAGGCUAAGGUCUUUGAAGCAAUUUUGUCGAUGAAUGUGAUA